AUGCAAAAGGUAUUCAUAGGGAUCAUGUAUGGCUUAGUCCCCAAUUGUGUCCUGAAAACUGUUCUUGCGGUUAUUGAUUUUAUUUACUAUGCUUGGCUCCCCAUACACACCACCACAACACUCCAACUGCUUGACAAUGCGCUUGCUCGAUUUCACCAGUUCAAAGAUGUGUUUGUUGAUUUAGAAAUCCGCAAGGACUUCAAUAUCAACAAGAUUCACUCAAUGGUUCACUAUUUGGAAUUGAUUUGGCAAAUGGGUGCGGCAGACGGCUACAACACUGAAACCCCCAAGCAACUCCACAUCAAAUUUGCCAAAAGGGCAUACAAGGCAACUAACCGUUGUGACUUCUUUGCACAGAUGACAGUUUACCUCAAACGCCGUGAACGUGUUGCAAAAUUCGAUUUAUACCUUUGCUGGGCAAGUCCCAAGUAUGCCAAAAGUCUUCCAACUAAACAAGAUGUACACAAGGAUCCUGCGGCUCCGGGUUGGCAACUUGCUCAAACCAGCCCAACUCCACCUGUUUCAAUUUCCAUCCUACCACGAGUAUAUGGUAUUCAGGAUUUCCAGUACUACAUGGACAAAUUUUUUGAGGAUCACAACAUACCCCUUGUGUUUUCCCCCAAUGAUAAAUUGAUGGUAUUCCCAAAGGCAACGCAGAUAAUUGAUGACGCGUUUGCCACGGGGCUUGUCGAUUAUGUUCAUGCAUCCCCAUUAUUAUCAGCAUCGGGCUCUCAUGGAAGCUUUGAUAUGGUCUUGAUUUGA